CCAGGGAGCGCCCCGGAGGAGCGCCCGUGAGCCGCCGACGCCCGUGGACGAGCGGGAGGCGGCGGCGGCGGAGGAAGAGGAAGAGGAGCGGGCGCCUCGAGGGUCCAGCCCCGGGUUCCCCUCGCGGGGCUCCGCGGACUCGGAGGAGGAUGGCGAGAGCAGCGACGGGGACAGCGAGGAGGCGUCCGGCGGCGACGUCUACUUCUACUACACGGUGGACGAGCGCUGGAUCGACUACCUGGAGCGCACCGAGGGCGGCGGCAGCGGCGGCGGGGGCUUCGUCCGCCACCACACCCGGCCCAAGAUGAAGCGCAAAUCGGAAAAUGGCCUGGACAGCCGAGCCCAGUCCCCGGGGAAGAAGCUAUGCAAGAGCGUGGAGAGAGGCAGGGUGCUGGGUCCCUGUGUUGCUAGUCCUACCGCCACUUUUGGGGACCUGCGGAGUGCCAAGGCAGGGCAGGCCCGUUGCCGGCAUGUUGCCACCAUGAAUCCACCCCCUGAACUACAGGACUGGCUUCGCAUUUUUCAGCGGUGGAGCGGACCAGAGAAGCUGCUGGCUCUGGAUGAGCUGAUUGACCGGUGUGAGCCCCCGCAAAUCAAGCACAUGAUGCAAGUGAUUGAGCCACAGUUCCAGCGAGAUUUUAUUUCACUUUUGCCCAAAGAGCUGGCGCUCUACGUGCUGUCCUUCCUGGAGCCUCGGGACCUGCUCCGUGCUGCUCAGACAUGCCGCUAUUGGCGCAUCUUGGCCGAGGACAACCUGCUAUGGCGAGAGAAGUGUCGUGAUGUAGGCAUUGAGGAGCCCCUGAGCCUGCGCAAGCGCCGCCUCUUGAGCCCCGGGUUCAUGUACAGCCCUUGGAAACUGGCCUUCCUGCGGCAGCACCGCAUUGAUAUGAACUGGCGUGGCGGGGACGCCCGGCCUCCCAAGGUCCUGAAAGGCCACGAUGACCACGUCAUCACUUGUCUCCAGUUCUGUGGCAACCGCAUUGUCAGCGGCUCAGAUGACAACACACUCAAAGUUUGGUCAGCCAUCACAGGAGAGUGUGUGCAGACGCUUGUGGGACAUACUGGUGGGGUCUGGUCCUCCCAGAUGAGGGAUAACAUUGUGAUCAGUGGGUCCACAGACCGGACCUUGAAGGUUUGGAAUGCUGACACGGGGGUCUGCGUGCACACACUCUAUGGCCACACGUCCACGGUGCGCUGCAUGCACCUCCACAGCACCAGAGUCGUGAGUGGGUCGCGGGAUGCCACCCUGCGCCUCUGGGACAUUGAGACCGGGCAGUGCCUCCACGUUCUCAUGGGCCACGUGGCCGCCGUGCGCUGCGUCCAGUACGAUGGGCGCAAGGUGGUGAGCGGCGCUUACGACUAUACUGUGAAGGUCUGGGAUCCAGAAACGGAGAGCUGCAUCCACACCUUACAAGGCCACACCAACCGGGUCUACUCCUUGCAGUUUGAUGGGACCCACAUUGUGAGCGGCUCUUUGGACACCUCAAUCCGGGUGUGGGACGCCGAGAGCGGCAGCUGCCUCCACACCCUGAUGGGCCACCAGUCCCUGACCAGCGGCAUGGAGCUGCGGGACAACAUCCUGGUCUCUGGCAAUGCCGACUCCACCGUCAAGAUCUGGGAUAUUAAGACAGGCCAGUGCCUGCAGACGCUGCAAGGUCCCAGUAAGCACCAGAGUGCCGUCACAUGCCUUCAGUUCAGUUCCAAGUUUGUGGUGACCAGCUCGGAUGACGGCACGGUCAAGUUGUGGGACUUGAAGACCGGAGAGUUUGUGCGCAACCUGGUGGCUCUGGAGAGCGGGGGCAGUGGAGGGGUGGUCUGGCGCAUCCGCGCGUCCAACACUAAGCUGGUGUGCGCUGUGGGCAGCCGCAAUGGGACUGAGGAGACAAAGCUGCUGGUUCUGGACUUUGAUGUGGAUCUGAAGUGAGGGAGGGGGGCAGUGCAAAGGGAGGCUGUUUGGGGACCCUGCAGGCAGGCGUCUCCGCAGUGGGAUGGGGUGCGCCUGCUGGAGCACCUUAUUGAUUGCUGGACAUGGGGGGCCCGAAGUGCCUGGCAGAGAAGCAAAGCACCGGGGGCUGCUUUUGUACACACUCAUAAUAUAUCACUUUAUUUCUGUA